AUGAUAACAUCAAAGUAUACUGUUAUAGCAUCUCAUUGGGAUGAUAUUUCUGAUGAAAUUGAUGAAGAACGAGUUAGUCAAAGUUAUAAACGUUUGACUAAUAUUCUGGACUCAUUCUUAAAUGAUGAUGCUAAUGAAAAUCUAUCAAUCAAAAAAAGAGAAGAUAUUAAAGCUGCAAAAUGUACAGAAUUCCUUCAAGAUCGAAAUCUUCAAGGUCCGAAUAUAUUAAGCCUACCUGAUAUUUCAACUGUUGAAAACUGCAUAGCUCUCUGUGAGCAAACAAAAUUAUGUGUAGCAUGGUCUUAUUAUGUACCAGGCAAAAGCUGUGGGCUUCGAUCUGGAAUAUGGAAUAAUGUAUCUGCUGUUUCUUAUCAGACUGGAUCAUGUUUUGAGCCAAAGCAGAAGGUAAAAUGUAAUGAAGUAUUAUAUAGUGGAUACUAUGACAGUGUAGUCGAAGCAGUAUCUAAAACUGCUAAUAGUCCACGUUGUUUGAAAGCAUGCGAUCAAAGCCAAACAUGUGUUAGUUGGUAUUAUGAUAUGAGACGCAGGGAAUGUACAACGCUGUCUUCAGUUGGUUCAUGGUCAAACGCUACAAAUUAUCAAAGUGGUUCAUGUUUGGGUUUUAAAACAUUGAAAUGUCAAGAAAAGUUAUCAGGCGCAAGUUAUUAUGGUACUUAUAAACGAGAAGAUUAUGUUAAUACAAUGAAUGAUUGUAUUAAUAUGUGUGAAAAUGAUAAAAUAUGUAUAGGAUGGUCGUAUGCGAUAUCGGAUAAGGUGUGUUAUGCUUAUACUAAUAUAACAUAUCAAUUACCGGAUACAAAAUAUGUUGGUGGACACUGUUAUAGACCUGAUUUGAAAGCACAAGAAUGUGAGUCAAAACGUGGAAAACCUAAUGGUGAUGCUCGUGUAUUGUUAGGAAUUUGUGAAACAGAUCAAGAUUGUAAGAUGAUAUGUGAACAAGAUAUGUCAUGUUGGGGAUGGUCAUUUUCAAUUUCAUUAAGAAAAUGUUGGCAAUAUUCAAAAGUUGUUGGGUUUUCGUUGAGUGAUGAUUAUAUAGGUGGAUCAUGUUUUAUGAAUACAUCAUAUCCAGAUAUACUUUCUUUGAAUAUGUUCAGACAACAAGCAUUAGAUAAACAUAAUGAAUAUCGUAGAAGACAUUGUUCACAAUUAUUGACAUUAAGUGAUAAUCUAAAUGAAAUUUCUCAAGAUUAUGCAGACAGAUUAGCUACAUUUGGCGAAACACCACCAAAUUAUAGUGGAAUUAGAAUGGAAAAUUUAUAUUAUCAAACACUUAAUUAUAAAUUACAAGGUUCAGCUCCAGUCGACCAAUGGUAUAAUGAAAAAAAUAACUAUAACUGGGAAUAUCCUGAUUUUUCUAAAUCAAAAAAUUUUGCUAAACUUAUUUGGAAUAAUGUGACACAAUUAGGAAUUGGUAGAGCAUUUUCCAAUGAUAAUACAACAAUGUUUGUAGUUGCAACUUAUUAUCCUGGUGGAUAUCUUGAAGAAUCAUACAAACAAAAUAUCAAAAGAGAGUGUUAA